AUGAACGACAGUGGUUCAAAGAAGAUCCUUUUUAAUAAAUCUACAUUAUUUAGCUUGAAAGCCGAGCUGCUAAGAAAACAAGAGGAAGUGAAUGAGAAGAGACGACUGCCACAACACAAGCUUGAGAACUUCAAACCUCCAGUAAAAGAGAAGAAACAGGACAAAGAUCCAGAAACUCCAUACAAAAAGACAUUCAAAGACAGUUUGAAAGCUGUUGAUACUGAGGAGUUAGAAGCUUGUAGGAAAGCCAAGGCAGCAUUGGAAAAGAAAGCAGAGUUGUAUGAGCACUUAUCAGAUAGUGCUGGCAACUCUCAGCUGGCCGGCAGAUUCCUUGUGGACUUUAAUACCAAGAAACAGCAAGAACCAGAGAAAGUACCUGAGGAGGCACCAGAAGAAUAUCAAAAUGAGAGCAGUUUCAGCCAAGAUGAUGAUGAAUGGACUGAAUUCACUGACUGCUUGGGUAGAACCAGAAAAUGUCAUAAAUCUGACUUGGAUAUGUACCGGAAAAGAGAUGCUGCUCUCUUGAAGUCUAUGAGUAAAGAUAAAAAUUCUUCUGACGAUAUUGUAGAAGCUAAACCAGAGGAACCUGAAACUCCAGUUAAAGAGAAGCCACUUUUAGUCCAAACAACUAAUGACUAUCUACAAUCACUGCGGGAAAAAUGGGACCAGAAAGAAAAGGAACUACUAGGAAAAGAUAAAGAUAUACAUUAUCAAGACUUGCUGUUUGAUGAGGCCCGCAUUCAUGGCGUGGGUUACUAUUCCUUCAGUACUGAUGAAGCAGAGCGUAAGAAACAGAUGGAAGAGCUUAUAAAGCAAAGGGAAGAAACUCUGAAGGCGCAGCAAGAGACUGAGGAGAUUCGUAAGAAGAGAGACGAGAUGAUUGCUGCGAGAGUAGCGGCAGCUCGCGCUAGGCAAAGGGCAAGGGCUGGAUUACCUCCUGAAGAACCUACUAAAGAUAAUCAAAAAGACUUCACCACGUGCCUACUAGAAUUUUUGACGCAACAGAGGAAUGAGGCUGAUGCUAAAGCAAAGGAAGAAGAGAACAGAAUAAAAGCUGAACAGGAGAAGGAAAGGCAAAGGUUACGUGAGGCUUACGUGCGAGAAUGGGACAUCGGUAAGGAAGGCGUAGAAAGUAAAAUAAAGAAAUUCAGAGAAAUGAGCCAAGAAGAAUAUGUAGAACAACAAAGAGAUAAAAGAAUUAAUGAAUUUGCUCCACCACAAGCUUCUACUUCGGGCAAUGCUAAUGUCUUCGACGAUAAAGGUCAUAUGAUAGGUAACAAAGAAACUAAUGCUACUAAAACGUGGGCGGACGUCAGACCUAAAGCCAAGACGCCACCCCCACCCGAAAUAGGUGAUCUCAGCGAGAUACCACAAAAAGGGCUGUACUUUACAACAGCUAAGAAGAAUGACAAUUUCAAAUAUAAGAAUUUUGUUAGAGCUUCAGAGCAGACGCCGACACCUAUUAUUAAUGAGUUAGAAGACACUGAUUUGGUACCCAAUAACCCAAGGAUAGAAAAAAGAAGACAUGAGUCGGAAGGAGUGGCCAUACCGCCACCGCCAACAUUUGAGUACUAUGGACCAACUAUAAAGCAGACAAAAUAUGAUAAACCCUUUGAAUCAGAUAUAAGAGAAGCAUACAGUCAAGGUGCAAAAAGCCUAGAAAAUAAAUCAAAGGGCAAACAGUUGCCGAAGCAUUAUGAUUUUACUUUCGAUUAA